AAGGAAAUAGGUUCACAUAAAUUAGAACGGAGUGAGUAUAAGUUUUGGACGAAGGGUGUUCAGUUGACCACCCUUGGCCGCACAUAGCUUCGCCCCUAGGCUCAACGAUGGUCAAAACAUAAUUCUUAUUCUUAUGAAUUUUCAAACUUUGAGUGGUGCCAUUUGCCAUUUGACUAGUUGGUGAAAGCCUUCAACUUGCCAGAUAGUUGCCCGAAGUUGGUAAAGUCAGUGGGCUGGCAAUAAGCAUGGCUGAGAGAAGCUAGUUUAUCUAACACUUCAUUAGCCUCUCUAUAGCAAUAUUGCUUGACAACUAUCCCUUGCGCUCUUCUAUUAAUUAAUUUGUCUGAUAGCUUCCAGUGUACUCAUCAUCCUCCAUGGUGGAUCUCCUUGUUGCAAAACACAUGUAGUGAGUACCAUAGAAUCAGUUUCAGCAAUGAUCUUUACAUAUCCAUUUCUAGCCAUUUUCUUGAUCCCAGCAAAAUACCCUUUGCUUCAGCCCAAUUGCUAGUGCCUGCUCUAUAGUCCCCCUUCUUUGCAGCUUCCAUCAGUUUUUAAUUUAACCACCAGGCAUGGUGAUUUAAACCAUUUGAUCAUGAUAAACUUGUGUAUUGAUUGGGCUAGGAUCCGAAGUAUGGUUUCCCAUUUGAUGUGCUGAAGUGCCCUUGAAAUCUGUGAUAGUGAAAAUAAUCAGAGAUUGAUACAGGCGUGAUAGCAUAUGGUUUCUCUCAGUUCUAUAUCACCCGAUCGGGAUAGACGGGCCUGCCUCGCUGCGGGUCAGCACCUCGGGCUCUCUUUUUGCUUUCUGUCUGUCUACAAGCGGAAGGGUUAAUGAAACCUAAUCCUAAAAGGAUAAAACCCAUCACAGAACAAUCAUAAGAAGAGAAGAAAGAGGGUGGUAUAGCACUAGGUCCGUCGUUUGUUGGACGGAUUGGUGGAUUCAUAGAGCUUUUUUAUCCUUACAGAAGUCUGGUACUCAUCGAUGCGGUUGCUCUAUUUGGGUAUAUGUUCUACUUCUUCUUGAUUGGAGUACAAAUAGAUCCUUGGAUCCUGAAGAGAGUUGAGAAGAAGGCGUUCAUCAUUGGUGUAUCAACUGUGGCGGCUUCUAUUGUACUAAGCAUCACCACCUCUUUCAUUCUGCUCAGCAUUGAAAUAAAUGUUGAGCCAUUAGUGUCGGACUCACUCCCCGUAGUAGCAACCAUGUCAUCGGUGCUUGGCUUCCCAGUCAUCGCUCACUAUCUCACUGAGCUUAGGAUGGUCAAUUCAGAUUUUGGAAGGAUGGCAAUGUCGUGUUCCCUUGUCAGCAAUAUGUUUGGGUUUUUAAUCAUAACUAUCACCAGCCUGUCAAGUCAACCCUCUCUCGAGAAAUUCAUCAUUCUCCAAAACAUCACAGCUGGUAUUGGCUUUACUAUGGUUAUAUUUUUUGGUGUGAGACCCCUAAUAAUAUGGGGAACGCGAAGAAAUCCUCCGGGGGAGCCAUUAAAGCAAGGUUUCAUUUGUAUGAUAUUUAUAGGCGUCUUGCUGUCUGGAUUUUGCAGCAAGGCUCUAGGCCUACACAUCUUCUAUGGGCCAUUAAUUUACGGUCUAGCCAUACCAGCUGGACCUCCCCUAGGUUCUGCCCUGGUGGAGAAGCUUCAUUUCAUCGUUUCUUGGCUGUUUAUGCCCAUCUACUUCGUCAAAACUGGGUUGGUUACUGAUAUAUUUUCUGUGAAACUCAGGAAUUAUUUGCUUCUGCAAUCAGUUAUUCUCGUUGCUUGUUUGGGGAAAUUCCUUGGAGCACUUAUCUCUUCAAUUUGCAACCAAGUUUCACUCCGAGAUGCAAUCUCAAUUGGCCUCGUAACCAACGUCCAAGGUGUUCUGGAGCUAGGCAUGUUUAAAAUGAUGAAGCAAAAUGAGGCAAUAGCAGAUGAAGCUUUUGUUGUCUUGUGCAUAAACCUGUUCAUUGCAACUGCUAUCGUUACUCCAAUACUGAAAUCCCUGUAUGAUCCACACAAAAGAUAUGCAGCACACAAAAAUCGGAAUGUCCAGCAUUUGAAGGCCCACUCUGAACUUCGGGUUCUUGCAUGUAUACAUGAUCAAGAAAAUGUUCCAGCCACAAUAAACUUGCUGGAAGCACUUCACCCCUCAAACCAAAGCCACAUGGAUAUUGCCAUGCUACAUUUAAUAGAGCUUGUUGGCCGUGCUCAUCCGCUUCUCAUAAACCACAAACUCCCAAUGAUGAAGCACGUAAACGAGGCCUCAGCUUCGAAAAGAAUCAUCAAUGCCUUCAAAGUGUUUGAGCAGAACUUCCGUGAGACAGUAGCCAUGCAUCCCUUUACGGCUAUAUCUCCUUAUGUUAUGAUGCAUGACGAAGUCUGCAACAUGGCGCUUGAAAGGAGGGCAUCUCUCAUAAUGAUUCCUUUCCACAAAAGGUUUAGUUCCAGCAGGAAGACAGUAUCCAAGGUAGGUAUUAAAAUUAUGAAUGAAAAAAUCCUGCAGACAGCACCUUGUUCCGUUGCAGUAAUUGUAGACCGGUCACUUGUGAACACCUCAAGGCCCAUACUAGAUGCUUGGUCUUCGUAUCGUGUUGCUGUACUUUUCUUGGGAGGACCAGAUGAUAGGGAAGCACUCGCUCUGGGAGAACGCAUGGCUGGAAAACGAAACAUCAGCCUCACAAUAGUCCGAUUGCUCCUUCAGCAAGAAGAAGGCGGUAAAAUAGCAACGACUGAUUAUGACACAAUACAGAAGACGAUGGAUAAUGAAAUGGUAAGUGAAGCAAGAAGUGGUAUGGCAGGAAAUUAUCGGGUCAAGUAUGUAGAAAAGAUGAUACGGGAUGGAACAGGGACAGCUGCUGUUAUGCGAUCAAUGGAGGACGAAUAUGAACUAAUCAUUGUUGGCAGACGUCAUGACACACAAUCUCCAUUACUACUUGGCCUUUCUGAUUGGGUUGAAGAGUCUGAGUUAGGGCCAGUAGGAGACAUGUUUGCUUUAGCAGAUUCUGAAAGUAUUUCCACAAUAUUAGUUGUGCAACAACAUACCGAUUGAAGAACAGGCUUCCAGAUUCAAUUUGAAACCACAAUUGAAUGCUGAAUAACUGUACAAAGAACAAGACAUUUCUAACUUGUAUAGUUCGAGAACUAAUUUUCCUUCCAACCCAGAAAGGAGAACCUCCACACCAGAAUGAUAUGGAUUUUAAAGAUUACGUUAUAGAUUUUAUUGUGAUUUAA